AUGAUUACAGAAAGUAAUUCUGGAGUGGAAAAAUAUACAGCUAUGGAAUUAGCAAAGCGAAGUGCUCAUGUAAUUUUAGCUUGUCGUGAUCGAAAACGGACAGAAGAAGCAUUAAAAGAAAUAUGUAAACUAUCAGGAAGUAAUAAUGUAGAAAUUGAAAUUGUUGAUCUCGCUUCAUUAAAAUCAAUUCAAAAAUGUGCUAAACGUCUUCGUGGAAGAUUACCAAAAUUAGAUGUUCUAAUAAAUAAUGCUGGAGUAAUGAUGACAUCAGAAAAAUCUGUUGAUGGUUAUGAAAUUAAUUUUGCUGUUAAUCAUCUUGGUCAUUUUCUAUUAACAAAUCUUCUCUUAGAUUUAAUGGAAAAUGCUCUAUCAGCUCGAAUUAUUAAUGUAUCAUCUAUAAUUUUAAAUAUAACAAUAAAUUGGGAUGAUAUUAAUUUUACAAAACCCUAUUGGAAAUUCAAUGCUUAUUCACAUAGUAAAUUAGCAAAUAUUUUAUUUACGAAUGAAUUAUCACGACGAUUACAAAGUUGUCUUCAUCCUGGUGUUAUUCGAACUGAAGUCAUUCGAAACAUAUUAGGUCAUUAUCAAAUAAUAUUAAAUACAUUAAUUCUUCUUUUAACACCUAUAUGGUAUUGUUUAAUUAAAAGUCCUGAACAAGGUGCUCAAACAUCUAUUUACCUAGCAUCAGAUCGUCGUUUGAAUUAUGUGACAGGAAAAUAUUUUAAGGAGUGUAAAGAAUGUUCAUCAUCAAAAGCAUCACUUGAUCAACAAGCUGCUAAACGUCUUUCGAAACUAAGUGAAGAAAUGACACAUUUAGAUGAUGCAUUAAAAUAUAUUGCAAAUAAUCGAUGUUUAAAAAAUAUCGAUCGAAAUAAAUGGGAUCGUUUAUCACGUAAUGAUCUUUUACAUGAUGAAUAUCGAGAACGUUUUUAUGAACUUAAUGAAGAUGAAGAUACGACAAAAUUUCUUAAACAAAGCGAAGAAAAAUCUGAUAAUGCUCCUAUACAAAUUAUUAAUAGUUUACUUACUUCAUUACUUACACUAUUUAUUACACAAACAUCAGCUAAUGGUUUAUUAAAUCCUAGACGUAUGUUUUGUAUAAACUGUAUACCUCGAUUUAAAACUUUAUUAGACAUAGAUUCUCACGAAGAAUCUCAAUUUACUACUCUUCUUGAUAUUAGUGCUGCGUUCGAUAGCUGA